AUGGCUUCCACUACAACGGGACAGGAAGACCUCCAUCAUGAGAAGGAAGUCCCCGCCGUCACUUCAGAUCCAGAGGCCGGUCAGGAAACCCAGCUCACUGGGAAACCCUGGAUGUACAAGCCAAUCAAGAUCGGUCCCUGGUCGUUGCCGUACUUUGCCUCCCCACAAUCCCAGCUUCUGCUGGUCUCCUUCGUGUGUUUCCUCUGCCCGGGCAUGUUCAAUGCAGUCAGCGGUUUGGGCGGAGGUGGUCAGGUGGACCCUACCGAUGUCAGCGAUUCCAACACCGCUCUGUACAGCACCUUCGCAGUAGUUGGUUUCUUCGCCGGGUCCAUCGCAAACCGCAUUGGUCUCCGCCUGACUCUCUCUCUUGGUGGCUUUGGCUACUUCCUCUAUGUGGCUUCCCUUCUGUCGUACAACCAUAACAAGAACUCCGGCUUCCUGAUAUUUGCGGGCGCGCUUCUAGGUGUCUGCGGUGGUCUGCUGUGGUGUGCGCAGGGUGCGGUCAUGAUGAGUUACCCGAACGAAAAGGAGAAGGGUAAAUUCAUUGCUAUUUUCUGGGUGAUUUUCAACCUGGGUGGUGUGAUUGGCAGCUUGGUACCUUUGGGUCAAAACCUGCACUCUGAAGCUGGUCAGGUGAAUGAUGGCACCUACAUCGCCUUCAUGGUGCUCAUGGCGCUUGGCUUUGUCCUUGCCUGGGCCCUCUUAGACUCGAAGUAUGUUAAGCGCAAGGAUGGCUCGCAUGUCAUUGUGAUGAAGAACCCCACGUGGAAGUCCGAAUUGAAAGGUCUCUACGACACCAUUCGGACCGACUACUACAUCAUCCUGUUCUUUCCUAUGUUCUUGGGGAGCAACUGGUUUACUGCCUAUCAAUUCAACAGUGUCAAUGGUGCUUUUUUCACCAUCCGGACGCGGGCCCUCAACAAUCUCCUCUACUGGCUUAUGCAAAUGAUUGGCGCAUUUGUAUUCGGCCAGAUCCUCGACUUGAAGUUCCUUACCCGCCCAGUCCGAGCCAAGCUUGGUCUUGGACUCCUUUUUGCCCUCACAAUGGGCGUUUGGGGCGGUGGUUAUGCCUUCCAGAAGACAUACACCCGGAAGGAUGUCGAGGCAAAUACCGACUGGACGACCAGCGGCUAUGUUGGACCCAUGUUCUUGUACAUGUUUUAUGGUUUCUAUGACGCUGCCUUCCAGACCUGUGCAUAUUGGUUCAUGGGUUCACUGACUAACAACGCUCGAAAGUUGGCCAACUUCGCCGGCUUCUACAAAGGCAUUCAGUCUGCUGGUGCAGCUGGCAUGUGGCGUAUGGAUGCCGUGGGAACCCCUUACAUGACGGAAUUCGCCUCCUGCUGGGGCCUGCUCGCCGGCAGUCUUGUCAUCGCGUCGCCCGUAGUGUUCUUGAAGAUCAAGGAGCAUACCGACGUCGAAGCGGACCUCAACUUUUCGGAUGAGACCGCUCAAGAAGUGGGUGUUCCGCUGGAAGAACAUCCUUCCGAGAAGAAGCAGGAGCCGGAGUUGGCUAUCGUGAAAUGA